AUGGCGGCGGCGGCGGCGGGCGGCGCGCCGGGCUCGGGCCCCGCCGCGGGGACGGCGGCCGCGGCCGGCGGGGCCGUGGCGGCGGCGGCCUCGAUGGCGGUGGCCGGCCCGGCGCCGGUGCCGGUGCCCAUGCAGCUCUUCGCCACGUGGGAGAUCGACCGCUCGGCGCCGAGCUGCGUGCCCAGGCUCUGCAGUCUGCGCCUGAAGAAGCUCACGGUGCUGAAAGAGCUGGACAAAGAGCUGAGCUCUGUGCUUAUCGCUGUGAAGAUUCAGGGUUCAAAGCGAGUCCUGAGGUCAAAUGAGUACGUCCUCCCGCCUGGGGGCCUGAUGGAGACCGAGCUGGAGCUGACCUUCUCGCUGCAGUACCCACACUUCCUCAAGAGAGAUGGCAACAAACUACAGAUCAUGCUGCAGCGCAGGAAGAGAUACAAGAACCGCACCAUCCUGGGCUACAAGACCCUGGCAGUGGGCAUCAUUAACAUGGCCGAGGUCAUGCAGCACCCGACGGAUGGCGGGCAGCUCCUGGGCCUCCACAGCAACAUGAAGGAUGUGAACAUUCGAGUGGCUGAAAUCAGCAUCUACUCCCUGUCCAGUCAGCCCAUCGACCACGAGGAUGGGAACGUCCCCUCAGGUCCUAAAAUCAAAGCUUCAGAUCGCUCCCCAGACAUUGAUAAUGACUCUGAAGAGGAGGAAGACAGCUUCUCCUCAGAGCAGGAGGCCAGUGAUGAUGCUGUGCAGGGUCAGGAUCUGUUUGAUGAAGAGGAAGACUUGAGGAAAACCAAGAAGCCCAGGAGGAAAAUGAGCCGAACCACAUCAAUAAGCAGACAACCAAACUUCAAGCAGAAAUUUGUGGCUUUGCUGAGGAGGUUCAAAGUGACAGAAGAGGUCCUGGACUCUGACCCUGUAGACCAGACCCAGGAGGUGGAAGAAGACCUGGGCUUGCUCUAUGACAGCCUGGAAGAGUGCAACAACAGUGACAGCGGCCCAGAGAUCGAGGACAACGAGAGUGUGCACAGCACACCCAAGCCCACCCUGAGGCGUUUCUUUGAGGGAGUCUCUCAUUCUGGUUCCCAGACUGAGAUCGGCAGUCUGCACAGCCAGAAAGGGCAGGAUCAAGAGUCGGGCAGCCCUGGCGAGGCAGAUAAACGGAAGGCAGGAGCGCAGCGACCACAGGAGGAGCCAGGAACGGAGGUCCCUGCAGUGGAGCUGGCGGCAGAGGAGCCGUGUUCCCGGCUGGCCCCCCCAGAGGCUGCCAUGAGGGAGGGCAGCGUGGACAGACUGGCCCAGCUGGGCCCUGGCACCAAAGCCGAGCUCCCCAGUGCCGUAUCCCCCAGCAAGUCAGAGAGCAAGCAGUUGUGGCGUCCCCGCAGCACGUCCGUGAAGGACCGGCAGAGCUCGAAGGGGCAGGGCGGCCGUGCCAGCAGCCUGGACAGUGAGAGCUCUCCAGACUCAUGGCAUAGCACCCAGGUGCCUCGAAAGUCUGUUUACGAUCAGCUGAACCAGAUCCUGGUGUCGGACGAGCAGCUCCCCGAGAGCAUUGUGCUGGUCAAUGUCGCUGAGUGGCAGGGGCAGUACGUGAGCGAGCAGCUGCAGGCGCACAAGCAGUUGGUUGUAUCCACCUGCUCCGUGGCGGACAUCCAGGCAGCCUUCAACACCACUGUCUCCCGCAUCCAGCGAUACUGUAACUGUAACUCCCAUAUGCCUCCCCCGGUGAAGGUGGUGGUGGCAGGCGACCAGAGCUACCUGAGCGUUGUCCUCCGUUUCUUUGUGGAGCAGCUGGCCAGCAAGACCCCGGACUGGCUCAACUACCUUCGCUUCCUGCUUGUACCGCUGGGCUCUCACCCCCUGGCCAAGUACCUGGCCUCGGUGGAUAACAAAUACAGCACUCUCUUCCUGGACACGGCGUGGCGGGAGCUGUUCAGCAGGGCUGAGCCGCCCACCGCAGACACUGUGGACAUUGCAGGCCGUGUUGCCCAGUUCAUCGCUGGAGCCAGCCUCUCUCACCAGCUGCCCAUCUCUGAGGCCAUGCUGACCUACAAGCAGAAGAGGAAGAGAAGCCUCUAUUUUGAUUUUUAUAUCAGCCCCGACGAGGACUCCUGCCAGAAGUUUGUCCCCUUCGUGGGGGUGGUGAAGGUGGGCCUGGUGGAGCAGUCUUUCAGUGCCUCUGUGGACUCGGACGAUGCCACGGUCUGCACCCCCUCCCUGCUGAGCUCGGCACCAGCCUCCAGUGCAGCUGUUCCCUAUGGCAAGGAGAGCGUGAGCACCCCGCCCCCCUCUCCGUCCGUCAGCAGCGGCCUCUCGGGCGCUGGGUCUCUGAGCCCCGGUGUGGAGGUGAUGGGGCUGCAGGUGGACUACUGGACAACACAGGGGCUGGACAAGAAGAAGGAGGGUGACAAGCGGGAGACUGGUAUCAAGAACACGCUCAAGAGCAACUUCCGCUCGCUCCAGGUCAGCCGCAUCCCCAGCACAGGGGAACUGGUGCCUCCCAGCACCAUGGCCAUGACCGUGGUCACCAAGGAGAAAAACAAGAAAGUGAUGUUCCUGAGCAAGAAACCAAAAGAAAAAGACUUGGAACCCAAAAGCCAAGUCAUUGAAGGGAUCACACGCCUAAUCUGCACAGCCAAGCACCAGAACACCAUGUUGCGAGUCUCCAUAGAUGGGGUGGAGUGGAACGAUGUCAAGUUUUUCCAGCUGGCAGCACAGUGGCCAACACACGUCAAGUACCUCCCUGUGGGCAUCUUUGGCUACUCGAAGAAUGUGUGAGACAUUGGGGCAUCCCUGGAAUGGAGCUGCAGUGGGUUGCAGGAGGAGACAGGGAGCUGGACGUGCUCUUGUCCCCAUCUUCUGCAGACCAGUUCCUGCCUGCUCAGUGGGGGGGAUACCACACCUGCACCCUGUGGGCCAAGACCCGCAAAGGUGAGGCCAGUGAGACCGGGUCCAUGCACCCUCCAACACCAGCGAGGACACCAUGCCAUCUGCCUCCCGUGUCCCCCAGCAGCAGCCUGGGACAAGGGUUGGCACCAGCCAGCAGGGCCCCAGGAAGGGCUCUGGGCCCCGCUCUCUGCAGAUGCACCUGCCAGGCCAGCGCUGUAGCCAGCCAGGGUCUCAGCUGGGCUGGACCCAGGCAGCUUCCCCAGUGCUGCAGCCAGCCAGAUUGCUCUGUGCAGGGGGCAGGUGCUGAGCGGGGUCCACCACCCCUGUACCACCCUUGCCAGCCCCACUGCCAGCCUUGCACUGCUGUGCUGGCCCUGCCCGCCGCAGCACAGCCUCAGCAGCUUUUCCAGUCCCCCUGCAGCCCUGCUGCUGAGGCUGUCCUCUUCACCUCCCCAUCCCUUCCCAACAAGCCCUACCCCACGGUGCUGCCAGCUGGAGGUGUGGGAUGAGGGCACCUGAGGUUUUUUUUUUUUUUUUACAAGAUUCUAUUUUUUUUAAAUUUAUUGUAUGGUUACUUUUCGGGAUUAAUUUUAAUAAAUUAAUGCUGUUACCAUUACGGCA